AUGCGCGGUAAUACGCUGGUAUAUCUUCCCACGGGCUCAGGAAAGACCCUGAUUGCAGCCAUGGUGAUGGGUUGCAUGAAGAAGUUGAAUCCAAGCAAAGUUGUGGUAUUCCUUGUCGACCGAGUACCGUUAGCGUACCAACAAAGUGAGAAGAUCAAAUCACAAUUGACAGGUUUAAGGGUUGAAACGUUGGUCGGUGAAAUGGAAUCGCCUCAAAAUGGGGGUAUUCAUAAAAGAUUAGCUGAUAACAAGGUUGAUGUUAUAAUCUUAACACACCAGAUUUUUCUAAAUUUUUUAGCCGCGGAGGACAACCGACCCAUUCGCCUGUCCGAUAUUUCUGUUCUGGUUUUGGAUGAGGCUCACCACUGCAGCGGGCACCACCCUUACUACAAGAUUAUGGAGUACUACAAAAAGACACCAAACCAGUUUAAACCUGUUGUGCUCGGUCUAUCAGCCUCGCCGGCCGGAGAGCUUACAGUCGAAAGAACCAGUGAGAAGCUAAAAGAGCUCCUUGAGAACUUGGAUUGUAAAAUCGCGAUGCCCAUUGAGUCGGAUUGGUUGUUACAUGUAAAUAUCCCAGACGUGAUUUAUGAAAGAUCUGACUACAUGAACACUGACCAAGUUAUCCUCCAGCUAUUUAUUGAAGAACACAUCAAACAUCUGAUAAAGAGCCAUCUCAAAGAUGUAUCAGAUCGUCAACGUUUUGAGUUUCCCGUCUUCUCAUCGAAUUUUAGAGGUGCGCUGAGAAAGCUUAUUGACAGUUACCAUGGUAGCAAGAAAUCCUUCAAAGCGCUCACCGUUGCUGAGCAUGCAAUGCACUUGCUCAGCGUUGUUGAGUUUUGCGAAGUCCUUGGUUACCAGUAUGCCGUUGAAAGUCUCAAAGAAUGUGUACACCGCAUUGUUUACGCUAAGUCGCCAAGAGAUUGUGCCUUGAAGAGGCUAAUUGGAAGUCAACCUACUUUUCAAGCACUCCAAAAUCUGGCAGACCAAGCAUGCAGGGCUUACCACGUACGCGCAGUUGUCAUGUCGGACAGGUUCAAAAUUCUUGAGAAGCACAUAAAGCAGUUCCUUUGCCGAGCUCGGGAAGACUCAACUUCUAGAGGUAUCAUUUUUGUGAGCUUGCGCAAAACGACCUUCAAACUUUGCGAGCAGAUCAAAGAGAUCCCGGAUGUGGCCAAAACGUUAAAUCCUUCCCCUUUCGUCGGCCAUGGACAAGGAAGCUAUGACGGGAUGAUAUGGAAAGACGAACAAGAAAGGCUGUUGAAAGAGUUUAGAAAAGGAAUAUGCAAGCUUCUGAUUUGCACGAGUGUUUUGGAGGAAGGACUGGACGUACCCGAAUGCAACCUGGUCGUUCGCUUUGAGGGUGCAGCAACACUUCGGGCGCUGGUUCAGACCCGCGGGCGCGCGUCCCGUAGACGUGACAGCAGGUUUGUCGUCAUUUGCAACGAAAAACAAGAAAGAGAUGCCAGAAAUCUGUGUCUCAAGGAACAGAACAUGGAAGAAGCUAUCAGAUGUUUGAUGGAUGACAUGAGGUGGCAAUCACAAGCAGUUGAAUUUGGAUGCGAAGUAAGAAAACCAAAGCUCUUCCUGCCCGCCACAGAGGAUAAUGGUGUGAAUACUUCUCCAGUCAUGCGCCACAGCCCUCGUAUAUCUGUCAUGGUGCACAAUAUGGUUGGUCAAGAAUCUCGCGUGAUAGAUUUUCUGAACGACACCUUUGACGUGAUAUCUUCAAAGCCAAUCCAGUCCAUUUCAUCGCUCGCUGAUGCACCUAAAAAGAAACCUGUAUCACAGGAUAUGGCGUUUGAACUCGAACCAAGCGAUAAUAAAGAAGCCAAGGAGUUUCGCUCAAAGGAAGAGUUUGCAUGUCACGUGACAGAAGCGUGGUGCACGUGCCUCACCGACCGUGACGAGGAACCACUUCCAGUUUGGCUUCAGGCCCUGCCAUUAAAAAGACGCCGCAGAUCUAACGAGCCAUUUCACUGGUUGAAAGCAAACUCCUUGUGCCUGGGUACUUUUGUGAGUCAAUGCCAUUUUCAGUGUGAGUGGCCUCUGGAGACCACACUAAAGAAUAUUAAGAUUCAUUUUGAUCACAGCUUUAAAAUGCUGACCUUGCAUUCCUCCAGGCAAUCUUCCAUCGUUCCUGGUCAAGGUGCUGUUGCUAGAGGUCCAUACAAGAUAGAAUUUCGCUACGACGAGAUUGAAGAUUUCAUAAUCGUGGAUUGUGAUAGUAAUGCAAGAAUCAUCAAAGUUUUUCUGACAGUGAGACACCUCCACGGCUGUAUCGCCAACUGGAGGACGAACAAAAUUUUUUCCACCUCGCUCAAAUAGAUGAACAAGACGAUGAAGAUGAUUCAGUCGACUCGUCAAGUGAAGAUGACUCGGAAACCGAAGGCCUCUCGACCGACGAAGAAUAUGCGGAUGUAAUAACUGCCGAUUUUCAUGACGCCUCCCCAGAUGUCUCACGUAAUCUCGCAGAUAAAGGAAGCUGGGAAAGGGCGUCAGAUUUCCACAAUGGUGAAAAUGCCGUAAGCCAGUGCUUUACCUAUUGUGUUACAAUACCAUUUAAUGAACUUGUCCAGUUGAGAUGCUUGUUGACCACAGUCGAGAAAAGAUUCCACAAAAGUGCAUUUUACUGCCGAGUGAAGGAGAGCUAUGGGAAAUUACCAGAUGUAAACAUUCCCGAUAGUUUGCCAUUUGACGUUAAGUAUGCCGCUGGAAGUUUCCUCAGUUUUCAUCCUUUGGUUCGCGGAAGAGUGCCAUCUGGUAAAUUUGGUAGACUUUUGCUUGGAAAGUCUUCCGAUAUAGCUAUUGCCGCUUUGGAAAAAUUGAGUAAAGUGUUGGAAAAAGACAAGUUUUGUGACCCAGGCAACACUCUGAAGUCGUUACUGAAACAAAACAACCCAUCGACCUCCGGGAUGUUUAACAGGUUGGUUCCAGGCCAUUGCGCUUUGAUAAAGCGCGCGGUCAUCACCCCAACGAGGCUGCUCUUCUAUCCACCGGAAGUCAUGGUGAAGAAUCGCGUGCUCAGAAAUUAUGAUACAAACGACUUCCUCUGUGUCAGUAUUCGUGACGAAGACCUGUCAAAAAUGUCUGCAGCAAGAGGGAACAUCGACGAUCUAUUAGACGGAAUGAAACUCAAACUAGAUGAAGGACUUGAGAUAGCUGGUCAGCGGUUUCAGUUCUUGGGUUCCUCGAACAGUCAGCUUCGCAACCAUAGCUGUUGGUUUGUAGGGCCCAGAUAUCUACCGGACGGCAUACGUCGCUGGAUGGGAGAUUUCACCAAAAUCAGGUGAGUGAGUACUAUUCCUUUUUUCAAUUUCCAACAAGUGAACGUUUCCAGUCAAAAUUAACAAAAAAUUAUUCUCCAAUAAAGCGAUAUCAUUCCUUCAACCAGUCUAGCCAUUGAUUAGAGGUGAACAGGAACGCAAAGCAUUUGAAUAGAGUACGAGAUUAACAAAUCUUGGCUACUUAGGCACUUUGUUACGGGGAAGUGAUCUGAGUCUAGAAGUGAUGUUGUCACACAUUCACCUGUGAGAUUCACCAUUAGUAAAUGGUUAUAUGCACUUUAUUUAGGAAAACUGCAAAUUACAAGGUAUAAUGGGAGCAAAGUAUUCCGGAACUGUUUUGUUUCACAUCACUCGGUGAUUGGUCAAGGAAACCUGUUCAGCCCUUUCCGUCAUGGAGGUGCAAAACUCAAAUUGGUCAUGACUCAGUUAUUUGCAUAUUACUCCGUUUUACGCAGUUUGCUUGUUCAUUUUUUUUCUAUUUCCCUUUGGCUCGUGUGAUAUUUUCCUCUGUUCUAAUUGGCCAUAUGAACAUUUAAAUGUUUUCAUAUUGCUUUCCAAUAGGUGUGUUGCCUCAUACAUGGCUCGUAUGGGCCAGUGCUUUUCCACCUCCUUAGACGCUGUGGGGUUUGCGACCAGUGAGGAUACCUAUCAUGACGUAGAAGAUGACGUUGAGACACCUGACCGAAAAUACUGCUUCUCUGACGGAGUCGGAAAGAUAUCCGAAGAGUUGGCCGCAGAGGUAUGGUGAAUAUUUAUUUUACUUCGGAAAAAGGGGAGGUAUUCUCCUCUAAAUAAUAGCCCGCUGAAACAUAAAGUAGUACAGUGGUGUAAGCCACUUCACGUGAGGCGCAUGGAAAUUGCCAUUUGCGACCUCCCCCCCCGUUUCAAUAAUCCUUUUUACGUUCUUAUUUUAGGACAUUUACGUGUAUUUAAUUUCAGUUCUUAUUUCCUUCUUGUACUGAUUUUAGGAUUAUGACAGUCAGUCCUUCGAAAAGCGCUGCAAUACACUUUACGUAUUUUAGAAAUUUAAAGAGCUUCUGAUAUGUUGCGAAAUCUUCAUUUGACAAUUGAAGCUUUCAGCUUGUAGACCUAAAGAAACGCAUUCUCUUUCAGGUCGUCCGAAAAAUUGGUAAAGCAUUUAAACCAUCCGCAUUUCAAGUCCGUUGCGCCGGCUACAAAGGUGUCCUUACGCUAGAUCCCAGACUUCUAGGGAAACAGGCCAUCUUUCGUAAGAGCAUGUGCAAGUUUGGUAGCUUUCACCGCAGACUGGAAGUAUUGCAAACGUCUCGUCCUCAGGUCGUUUUCCUCAAUCAUCAGGUCAUCAUGCUUCUAUCCAACCAAGGAGUCCCGGAUGAAGUCUUCAUCAAAUUGCAGAACGACAUGUUGGACAAACUGUCAGGUAAGAGGAUGACGUCAAGAGAUUCGAGUCAGAAAACGUCCGACUUAGAGAGGAUGAUCACUUAAUUACAUGGGAAAAAGUGAAAAGUUGCGUUUUGAAUCUGAGAAUGUGUAAGCUGAUAAAAUAUGGAGAGAUGCGGUGUUUGCACCUUUUUUAACGUUAUGUUUUGUUUCUGUGCUGGCUUAAACCACCCUAUAACCAUGCGUUUAAAUACAUGCUACUGAGCAGUACAUGUGAUAGUUACGCUAAAUAGAUGUUCGAUAAAUUCGUCACUUAGAUGAAAGAUUUUUAAACUCUGCAUUUUCAUCCUGUGAAAAUUGUCUAUAUUACCACAAAACCGUCCUACUAGACUACUGUUGCUGCUUAAGUUAGAAUUGGCAAAGAAUAGAGUUAGUGUCCAGGCCUCACCUUCCUUCCUUUAAUUCCGUCUGGUAUAAUAAUCCCUCAUAUUACGCCUGUUUUUUGUUCAAAGGGAUGCUUGUGAAUGAACGUGAUGCUAUUCAGCUAUUGGGAAGUGGAGCCAAAAUGGGCGUGUCCUAUCACAAUAUUUCUAAUGCAGGGAUACCACUGACAACGGAGCCAUUCUUUAAAUCGCUGCUGGUCGCCAUGUACCGAAAUCAUAUGCACGAACUGCUUGCCCGAGCCCGCAUUCGUUUGCCACCAGCGGAAGCACGCUUGAUGAUGGGUGUGAUGGAUGAGCUUGGUGUAUUGAAAUCUGGUCAAGUGAGUUUUUUUAAAAUUUUAUUUUAUUUUCAAGUUUUACUUUUCUUUAUUGCUCACCGUGAAUCUGAGCCUGGUACGGAGGAGUCUGCCUUAAUAUAAUUUGACAAUAACGGCUUUUUUUACAAAUGGCCCUUGAAAACUGAUUUUUUGAAAUGAAUACAAAUUUAACCCCUUCACAGCAGAUUUACACAAUAAAAACAUCACAUUUUGCGAUCGAACUCCUCGCGAAUUUCUGAACAGCUAAAACAAUUCAGGGUUACACUGCCUGGAAGGUCUAUAUUAUGCUGAUGGUCAAUUUUACCUACCCCUCCCCUAACCCAACACUACCUAACUUGUUUACACUUGAAUGUUGUUGAACUCCCAUAACAUGUCACAUCACAUGACCGGACAAACUCUCCCCCCCCCCCCCCUGGUGCACUGGCCAUGCAGGCCACAAUGGGCCUCAAAUCCUACUCACAACCAUCAUUAGACCAGUUUUGGAAAGAUAAUGAUGAUUUUGAGGAAUGUAAACAGUAAAUUUGCCUUUGGAAUCUUUUGAAGAACAUGUUUAAUCUGUUUUAUCGCGGUUAUCAGGUUUUCGUACAGUAUUCCGCCGUUGAAACACGCGCUGAUCGAGAUGACGAGUUUAACAAGAACAAAAAAAUUGUGCUAAGGGGACCAGUGGUGGUUACUCGGAAUCCAUGUUUACAUCCAGGAGAUGUACGUCAGCUCGAGGCUGUUGACGUACCAGGCCUCUGUCAUCUUGUGGACUGUGUCGUUUUCCCACGUCAAGGCUCGCGGCCACACCCUAACGAGAUGGCAGGUAAUAUGAAUCACUUUCUCUUCCAACCUGAAACACUUACACGCGCUUAAGUUUAUAUAUAUCUUGAUUUAUUUAGGUAUAUCGUGAAAUGAUCUAGUUUCCACUGAAGAUAGCCUCCCCUACGAAGUAAUGUGACUGAAAUUUGCUCAUUUAUUUGCGAUAUUUAGACAGGCUGGUUCGGUUCAGCAUCAAAGCUGGUUUAAAUGGAGGUCUGUAUAAACAGUAAGAAGGUCAGACUACAACGCUGGAGCUACGUUCUCUUUGCAAGAAGUGCGUGGGUUCGUUAAUGUCCCUUUCUAAUCAGCACUUUGAAGAUGCAGGAGAUAGGACCGAAGGUUUAUGGUUCUUAUCUGAGAGGAAAAGAAUGUCUAAUUAUUUGCAGAUGUCAUGGGAAAGGCAGCAAAUUCUCCUCAGUUGUUUUUUAGACCCUGAGUGUUGGUCCGGUCCGUGGCUUUAACCCACGACCUUACGCACGGCAGUCCAGCGCUCUACAACAUGAGCUAACCAAGCGAGGUUUUUUUUUUCAUAAGAAUUCAAGCGAAAUCUACGAAAUUUAGUCAUAAACAGAUCAGAUUGUGAAUAUUUGAACGAACUUCUAAAUGCCCAUUCUUAUUUCAGGCGGUGAUUUGGACGGCGAUCUAUACUUCGUCUGUUGGAAUAAAGACCUGUUACCAAGGAAACCAAAUUACCCGCCAAUGGACUAUCCGUCACUUCGUAAACUGGAGAAGACUGAGCCAAUCACUACUCGCGACAUGACAAAGUUUGUGGUGGAUUACAUCCGGUCUGACCAGUUAGGCGUUAUUGAUAAUGCGCACAAGGCGGUGGCGGACAUUGAAGAGGACGGCGUGCAACAUAAGGAAUGUCUUUAUCUCGCAGAACUGCACUCUUUGGCGGUUGAUGCACCCAAAACGGGAAAAUGGCCGAGUACUAAGGGUAUUAGGAGGAUAGAAAAGCGUCCUGAUUUCAUGAUGAAGAGCGAUAAACCAAGUUAUCCCUCUGAAAAGGUUAUAGGAAAGCUCUUUCGGCGCUGUCGGAAGUUUAAAGAUGCUACGUCUGAAAAAUACGAUCAAAACCUUCGUUUGGACAAGUCUCUCUUGUUGCCAGGUAACGACAGUUUCGUUGAAAACGCCAAAGAAGUCUAUAAUUGGUAUCGUGACAAGAUGGAGGGCUUGAUGCGGCUGUACGGCAUCGAAACUGAGGCAGAAAUCAUCACUGGCUGUUUCAUGAAGCUUCGGAAUCGCUUGCGCAAAGAAAAAACGGAAAUUGCCGAACUCGUCGGCGAAGAACUGUUCGCAAUACGCUCGUACCUCCGUCGUGAAUUCUUUUAUGAAUUCGGGAGCGAUGGACAGUGGUUAAAAAGCGAUGUGCUGAUUUCGGAUGAGAUGCGUUUAAAAGCCUCGGCUUGGUACAGAGUGGCCUACACGUUUGCACAUGAUCACGGUAAUGGUUCAAACCCAAGCAACGAAAAGAGGCUACUCGGUUUUCCUUGGUUUAUUAAUGACAUCAUGCUCGCCAUCAAAACGCGAAAAGAUCGACCCAGUCAGCCCCAGGCCUUAGACGUUAGCGCAACCGUAGGUCAGAGUCUUGUAAGGUUGUUUCACGAAGAGAAGGACUGGUUACUUGAGGAGUUCAGAGCUCGAAUAAGAGCAAAGAACGUUAUAUGUCGUCAUCUGCAGGCCGCUGAAUCCACUUCUUCAAUGAGUAUCGUCGGCUCUACUGCUACGCUACUAUUUCACAAGACUUCAGAUCUUGAUCUGUUCUUUUUACCUCAGGAUACACAGGCACGAAGCCAUCAUGCCCUCCCUGAGGUACCACCAGAAGAAAGUAACACUUUAGUUGAGGAAGGAGCGAAAGUAUUGAAGUCGUUGAUUCCUUUCUUGAAGGAGGAGACGUCAGAGCAACAAGAAGAAGAAGACGAAAACGUUAAAAAUCUCUUUUGGAAAGUUCGUCUCGUCAACAAAAAGUCUUUCCCUGUAAGUAUCACAUUGCUUUUAGUUUCACCAUAUCCAAGGGUGUAUAUCUUUACUACGACUUGUGGUAAAUAUGAUGUAGGCGACUUAACUUAUGCUGUAGCGUUAGUAUAUGUUGUUCACAUGUGACUUCGUAAACAACGACACUGUUGAAUUAGUGUUACGAUAGCUUUACCGACGAAACACAGCUCCAACCAUCAAUUGUUGGACGAUUGUACGCUAACCACGCUUUAAGAAGAGUCUUCAUUCGCGAAAAAUUGAUUAAAAAGGGAAAAUGAUAACAAUUAAGAAAAGAUCUAUUUUCCACAUUCUUCUCUUGUCUAAUUAGGGUCUUUAGCACACUCUUCAAAUCCUGACACCGCGCUUUCCUUCGCAUCAUUUAAAUUGGAUUUUAUUUUCACCCAGGUCCUCUCAUGCAAGCAGCCAACAGUGAACCUGAUAAAUGGCAGUAAUUGCUCUCCAACCCUUAAUUGCGAUCUGAGUUCAUCCUUAGACUGUCUAAGAAUGGCCGCUUUGCUGUCAAGCUACAUCAAGUCGUAUCCUGAUCUCUUAUUAGUGCUCCGUGCUAUACACCGAUGGUGUUGCGUGACAAGGUUGUCACGCAACGCAGCUGGCGCUGGAAACACUUCAAACUUGCUCUCUGCCCUUCUCUUAGCCCAAUGCAUACACAACAUGCAGAUUAAAAACUUUAAUGAGGAGCACGUUUUAGAAACGAUGGCACACCAAAUGCACGGUGGCGCAAGGGAUGGUAAGCAGUACAUGGAGUUGGAAAAUGUCAUAGGAUAUCUGGAAGCUUACCAGAACGAUUCCCAUUUCCCUCAGGUAGAGCCCGACAUUACCCAAGUUGGCCAGCUUCUGGUGACCUUUUUUCAAUCACACGACUCGUGUUUUGAAAGAGAGCUCCCGCAAUCGCUCGCACGUCUUUUCGGUGCACGAAAGCUCUCAAAGCUUCUGGGAAAAGAGCAUUUAGUCCUUGUGAAAGAACAAAUGCAACGCGCCUAUCAGCUCCUGGCGUUAUUUGGAGACGCACAGAUCAUGUUAACCAUAAGUGGCUCCGAAGAUUACAACGUAAUAUUUCUUUCGCCACUUCUUACCUCGUUCAUAGCGGGCGUUGAGAAAAGUAAAGCUCAAGAAAUAGCGCGGAAGACCGGAGCGAGGAGCGUCAUCAUUCGCCCCAAUUUUCCACGGUCGUGUUCCUCAGCUGUACUUGAGGUGAAAGGAAGUGAGCCUGCGAUACGAGCAGUGGAGAGGGAGCUGGAAGAGAUGAGCACAAUAGCAUCACGCGACAGGAUCUCUCUCAUGAGUGGCUGUUUUGUAGAAGAUGCAAGUCUGCUUUUGUUUGAAGGAAGUCGAAGUCAAAAUGAUCACGUUUCUCUGUCACCAUACGAUGGGCGUUGUCAUCAGACACACGACCGAUUGGCCCGGCAUGUCGCUUUGCUAGAAAAUGUCACGAACGAUGAAAUCUACGCAUACCACCGUUUUACAGAAAAAUUCUUUCAACAACUGCGAUUACUUGAGAGAGAUUUCGAUCCUCAGGUGCAUGGCUGUCGUGAAUUCGCUGUUCACUUUGGACGAAUCUACAUGUUCAGUGUUCCGCAUUUCUUGCUCGAAGAUAGCGAGUCCAUCACUAUUGCAAUGCUGAGAACGAAUAAACGGAAGCCAAGUGCCUUAAACAGAAGGAACAGCCACAGUCAGGGAGAGUCAACUCCAGAAAGAGUCACUUUCGUUGAUCAAGAACAAGAACGCGCUCGGAGAAGGAAGAGGCGGGCAAAACGUAAUGUGACAUUUAGCGAAACCAAGAAGAAGCGGAAACGCGGAAAUCCUUCGAGGAGCUCCCUGUUCACGGUUGUUCACUCGCCAGACAGAGUGGAGAUUUUUCUUCACGAGACUGAAUUCCGGCAAGAUGGAAAUCCCACUGAAAACUUCUCAGUGGACAUUUUGGAUGGAGGGGUAGAAUUUUACGUCAGGUUCGACGAGAGACUCAACUUUGUUGAAGUAAAGCUUCCAAACCUACGCUGGUUUAUGGUGGACGUCAAAAGACCUUACCAACGCCGACCAGAUCAUGGCGUCGCACAAGAUGGCGAACAGGCAGAUGAAAACUUCGUUUUAGACGGCUGGGAGACAGACGUUCGUUUCUUGUUGCAAUCCCGUUAUGCUUUGGCGCUGAGUGACAUCCGGGAUACCAAGUACGCUAAGUACCAGUGUAUACUCGAACCCAGUACGGGUGAGCAGCCAUUUACUGUUCAGGAAGAGUUAUGGAAAGAUGUGCGACUAAUUCGCCACUACAAGUCUAAAAAGUUCACAUGCGCUUCACGUCAAGGUGGGUUCCUCUAUGGCCUGACAGCAUACCUCAACGAGGUGACAGAAUAUUCCAGACCAUUAGGGCCGGAGAAAGUCGGUGAAUUCAGAGAAAAACACACUCGUUGGGAGGUGUCAUUGGAGGCAAAGCUUCCAGAAGAUUUAGCAGCCAAGGAAACUGUUAAAACGUUCUUAGAGGAAGUAUGGAAGUUCGCAUUUGCUUUAUCCUCAUUCGUAUCGAAGGAAAAUGAGGUUAAUGUCCGGCAAUUAAGAGGCCUCCACCUAGUGAAAAAUUUUUAUGAGGAAUGUUAG